AUGAGAAAUUUUCACCAGGAUGCCGUCAUCGAUGAGUUCGAAGCGCUGACCAAGGACGUGGGGAAGGUCCAGAGGGAGACCCUCAAGAUGAUCCUGGAAGAGAAUAGCGAAGCGGAGUAUCUGCAGAACCUGGGACUGGGAGGGCGAACCGAUCCCGAGAGCUUCAAGGCAUGCGUUCCCCUCGUCUCCCACGCUGAUCUCGAUAGCUAUAUUCGCAGAAUUGUAGCUGGGGAGUCUUCUUCCAUUCUCACUGGGAAGCCCAUAACUUCCCUUUCCUUGAGGUACGAUCUUCCCGGUGACAUGUCCACGGGUGUGGGCCUAGUUCAUUUCCCCGGCUGGCGCGUUUACUAUCAGCUGUUUCUGACAUUACUUGUGCUGUCCAAUGCUUCCAGCUCUGGUAGUACACAAGGGAAGCCCAGGUACGUUCCCUUCAAUGACUUGCUGCUUCAGAAUGCGAUUCAGGUAUACCGAACGUCGUUUGCUUUCAGAAACAAGUAAGGAGCUCAUCUUUCUGCUUUAUGAGUUUAGUUAUUCCUUAAGCUCUGAUUAUCUAUUUUUCUCUCCCCCUUUUUUUAUUCAUCUGCAUCGAGUUUGAACUGGGGGAUUUCUGGACGAGGUCUGCACUCUGAUUACCCCAUUCCGUGGCUUGUGUUUUCUAAUCAGCUGGAGCUGCACCGGGAGAGGAUUAGACAUUGGUUUCUGAUUUUUUUUCUCUUUUUUUGAAGUUCAUUUCCGCCGAAUUUGAGAUCUACCUUCUGUGAGCGAUUUUCCCGGAAAUUCCAUUGCCAUUUGUGGGGGAGAAUGCGGAGCAUAAUCUAGUUUCUUUCCCAAGAAUAUUCAUCGCGUCCUCCCAGAUAUUCAUUCGAUCGACUGUGACCCCAUGGCUUCAGAAUAAUACGGGGCAAAAGUUCUGCUUUCUCUUGGAUCUGCCGGCUAGUCGUAGGAAUUUGAGCAGUACCACCGUCAAGUGCAUUGUUUAUCUGAACUAAGAAUCUUAAUGGCGAACUUGGGUUUCAUCCUCCAAACUCUCCUAUUCUUCUUCCCAAAAAGUUGAAUAAUUAGUAGUCCACGGGCUCUGAUUCUGUGAAGCUGUUCGAUGAUUCUCGAGAGUUUUCUUGAAUGGAUGCCUGACCCCGUUUCCGUUCUGUUUCCCAGGGUGUUUCCCCAUGGUGAUGGAAAAGCCCUGAAGUUCAUCUACGGCAGCCAUGAAGUCCGGACGAGUGGGGGCCUCGUGGCUGCCUCCGUCUCCACGAACAUCUUCAGCAGUGACCAAUUCAAGCGCACCAUGAAAGACAUCCAGUCGCAGGCCACCAGCCCGGAUGAAGUCAUCUUCGGCCGUAGUUUCGAGCAGUCUCUCUACUGCCAUUUCUUAUGCGGGCUUCUCUCGUAUCAGGAGGUUCAGUUCAUCUUUGCCGCCUUCGUCUACAGCAUCGUCCAGGCGUUCAGAACAUUCGAGCUCGUCUGGGAAGAGCUCUGCGCGAACAUCAGGGAUGGGGUCCUCUCUCCCAAGAUCACCGAUCCUUCCAUGAGGGCCGCCGUCUCCAAGUUGCUGAUCCCCAAUCCUCAGCUGGCGGACGAGAUCUACAACAAAUGCAAGGGCCUGAACAACUGGUUAGGGUUGAUCCCCGCGCUCUGGCCGAACGCGAAAUACGUCCAUGGCAUUAUGACUGGAUCGAUGGAGCCAUAUCUGAAGAAGAUGAGACAUUAUGCCGGGGAUCUGCCGCUCUUGAGUGGCGAUUAUGGCUCGUCGGAGUGCAUGAUCGGGGCUAACAUACAUCCUGAGCUGCGUCCUGAGGAGGUGAGGUUUGCUGUUAUCCCCGACAUCGGGUACUUCGAGUUCAUCCCCAUGGCGACGAAUAGUGGGGACAAGCCGGCCGUAGAAGCUGAACCGAUCGGUCUCGAGGAGAUCGAGGUCGGGAAGGAGUACGAAAUCAUAAUCACGAACUUCGCCGGUGAGUGUUUUAGGCACCGACUGUUAUCGGCAGAUAAAUGAUGAUUUCUCGGAGGAGAAACUGUCCCAAUCUUCCUUCCUAUUGUUUCGCGUGGUGGUGCAGGUCUGUAUAGGUACAGGCUGGGCGAUGUGGUGAGGGUGGGGGGAUUCCACAACAGCACGCCGGAGCUACAGUUUGUGUGCCGCCGCGGCCUGGUACUGAAUGUCAACAUAGACAAGAACACGGAGAGGGACCUGAAGCUGGCGGUGGAGGAGGCCUCCAAGCUAGUGGCGACGGAGAAUCUGGAGGUCAUCGACUUCUCCAGCUGCGUUGAUCGCUCGGCAGAACCCGGGCACUACGUCAUCUUCUGGGAGCUCAGCGGCGAGGCCAGGGAGAGCGUCCUCCACAGCUGUGCGGACUGUUUGGACCGCUCCUUCGUAGACUCCGGUUACAUGAUCUCGAGGAAGGCGAAGGGCAUCGCCCCACUGGAGCUCCGCAUAGUCCGGCAAGGCACCUUCCGCAAGGUUCUCGAGCACUACAUCAACCAGGGCGCCUCCAUGAGCCAGUUCAAGAACCCACGGUAUGUCAGCCCCAGCAACGCGGCGGUCCUGCGCAUCCUCUGCGACAAUGUCGUCGAGAGAUUCUUCAGCAUGGCCUACGACUAA